UAUGACCCGGUUAUAAUGGGAUACGCUGACACCACUAAAAUCGUGUUCCUGUUUCUGUUUUUUUCUUUCUUUCUUUCAUCUAAGGCCACCCUUCCCCAGUGAACGCGAUCAAAAUGUAACCUACAGGGAAUUAUUAUUUUAGAAGUCAGAAAAGGGAACCUAUCUGAUAUUUAAUUAUAGCCGAAGAAAUCAUAUCGCUCGUGUAUCCAGCUACAACUGAAUUAAACUUGCCGGAUCGCGACUUCAUGCCCGUGUUCUGUGUUCUGCGUUCUGCUCCGAAGAACAACAUAGCCCUCCAGACUCUUUUGCCAGACGGAAGUGCAGUUCAAUCAAAGCAACAGCUGGCGGGCCACACAAUCCACCCCUGACAAGGAAUGAUCAUUUAAUGGGAUGAGGCCCAAUGGAGCAGGCAUACAGUGACUUAUACCGGGAGUUUCUCCGCCUGCAAUCCCUGUGUUUGAAACAGGCUGCCCUGCUCCACCAGCUCACAGAGACACUGAAGCGACAGCAAGCAGUGGCUUCUGCUCGUGUUCUGGAUCCCGGAGCUCCAGUGUCAAUCCCAGCCCAGUGCUCAGAGGAGCAGAAACACCACACUGCGGCCUGCACACAUGAGGUGGCCAGACUGCUGCCCCCUGCUGGUCAGUCUAAAGCCUGCAUCCCAGCUGGUGGGGAUGCCCCUGCAGCAGAUGUCCUACUAGGGGGUAUGGACAGAUUGCAGCUGAGUACUGCCAGACGGGGGGGUGUCAGAGGAACAGAGCCCCCAAGACCAGCCACCCUGGGUCCCCUGGCUGCUCAUGGUUUGAGCAGGGAGUCAGCACCCCCCAGUGGUUCAGCUGACCUUCUGCAGCCAGAGGAGCACCUGAGAGCAGAGUUCUACAGAGCAAUGAAUGACCCAAAUACUGGUGGUAACACAACAACCCAAGGAAGAAAGGCCCCCUGGAUGUUCAGCUCAUUCCUGGACAGUGAGAUGUUGAGCCAGGGCGGCGGCCUCCUGAUGUCUGAGGUGGCACUCCACUCCCAGGUGUGCGAGUUCUGCCAGGCUGUCUUCCCAGGGAACACCACCACACUGGGGGAGAUCCUGCGCCACCUGACCACCCACAUCACCUGAGUGACGUUAACCUGGCGACGCCAUGUUGUAUGUAUAUUGAUUUAUGGUACGUUCUGUAUAUACACCAACUGGAGUAAGCGGUGCUGUCAUGAAACAUGCUUGAAGUCUAAACUAUGUAUGGUACCAUUAUCAUGGUUGUUGUUAUUAUAAGAGAGGAAUAGCUAUAUUCUGACUGUGGGUAGCAGUGUGGCAUAGUGGUAAGGAGCAAAGGUUGUUGCUUCAGUU